AUGCAUCUGGCAUCAAUAGGCUUGGAAAAUACCAUUGUCCGGGAUAAAAACUCCCCGAGCCAAGAUCGUGCAAAGGCCAUGAUCUUUUUGUGCCAUAACAUUGAUGAGGCACUGAAAAUGCAGUAUGUCACGCUGGAAUCCCCACUCGAAUUGUGGGAGAGAUUGAAAGAAAGAUAUGAUCAUUUGAGGCUGACAUUGUUGCCAAGGGCACGAAGCGAAUGGCAAAGCCUACGGCUUCAGGACUUUAAAACAGUCCAAGAAUAUAAUUCUGCCAUGUUUAAAAUAACAUCACAGCUGCGCCACUGUGGCGAAAAUGUAUCUGAAUCUGAUAUGAUGGAGAAAACUUUCUCCACUUUUCAUGCCUCUAACAUGGUUUUGCAGCAGCAGUAUCGCGAAAGAGGUGCAAAUCCAUUUCCAGAGGCAAAUGCAAUACAACCGGAAAAUCUGGUGCGUGGUCGUGGGCAAUUCAGAAAUCAGCGAAUUGAUCGCGAUCGAAAUCAGAAUCGUGGACGGGGCCGGGCAAACGCAUACAAUCACAAUAAUUAUCAAAACAGGUCCCGAUAUGUGCCAAAUCGGCGAUAUAAUGACAGAAGGCCGUACAGACCUCAACAGAGGAUCAACACCGGGAGAAACAGAAAUAAUGACGAGGAAGGCACCCAAUGUGGAAUCAAAGGCCAUUGGGCUCAUGUUUGUCGCACAGCCAGUCACUUGGCUGAACUGUAUCGGGCCUCAAAAGAAAGACAGGGAAGAAUUGCCCCUGAAACAAAUCACGCUGCCCACGAUGACACAUUUGACGAUGUGAUGAAUGAAAAUAUCACGCACCUGGAUGCCGAUGAUCUGCUUGAUAUAGCUGCUGAUGUUAAAUGA